AUGACCAUAUGGGGCUUCAGUAAUGAUAGCGCCACGAAGCAAGUACCGGACAUGACCGCAACAGCCUAUUAUACAGCCUACAGUCUCUGGGAUUCCAAGAAGCCAUGA